GGGGACCUGGAUGCUGACGAAGGCUCGCGAGGCUGUGAGCAGCCACAGUGCCCUGCUCAGAAGCCCCAGGCUCGCCAGUCAAGCCAGUUCUCUGUUUGCACUCGGCAGCAGGGGCAGGCAGGUUGCUCCUACUUCUAGGAGCAGAGCAGCUGUGCCUCAAUCCUGGUCCCCCAACCCCGAGCCUCGCCUGCCUGCCCAGUGCCAGCAUGGCCACCAUCACCUGCACUCGAUUCACAGAAGAGUACCAGCUCUUCGAGGAACUGGGCAAGGGGGCCUUCUCGGUCGUGCGCAGGUGUGUGAAGGUGCUGGCUGGCCAGGAGUAUGCUGCCAAGAUCAUCAACACCAAGAAGCUCUCAGCCAGAGAUCAUCAGAAGCUGGAGCGUGAGGCCCGCAUCUGCCGCCUGCUGAAGCACCCCAACAUCGUCCGCCUCCACGACAGCAUCUCCGAGGAGGGACAUCAUUACCUGAUCUUCGACCUAGUCACCGGUGGGGAGCUCUUUGAAGAUAUCGUGGCCCGGGAAUAUUACAGUGAGGCAGAUGCCAGUCACUGCAUCCAGCAGAUCCUGGAGGCCGUGCUGCACUGCCACCAGAUGGGGGUGGUGCACCGGGACCUGAAGCCGGAGAAUCUGUUGCUGGCCUCCAAGCUCAAGGGUGCCGCGGUGAAACUGGCUGACUUUGGCCUGGCCAUAGAGGUGGAGGGAGAGCAGCAGGCAUGGUUUGGGUUCGCAGGGACGCCCGGAUACCUCUCCCCAGAAGUACUGCGGAAGGACCCAUACGGGAAGCCCGUGGACCUGUGGGCCUGUGGGGUCAUCCUGUACAUCCUGUUGGUGGGGUACCCCCCAUUCUGGGAUGAGGACCAGCACCGUCUGUACCAGCAGAUCAAAGCUGGCGCCUAUGAUUUCCCGUCACCUGAAUGGGACACCGUCACUCCGGAAGCCAAGGAUCUGAUCAAUAAGAUGUUGACCAUUAACCCAUCCAAACGUAUUACAGCUGCGGAGGCCCUCAAGCACCCCUGGAUCUCGCACCGCUCCACUGUGGCCUCGUGCAUGCACAGACAGGAGACCGUGGACUGCCUGAAGAAGUUCAACGCUAGGAGGAAACUGAAGGGAGCCAUCCUCACCACCAUGCUGGCCACCAGGAACUUCUCCGGAGGGAAGAGUGGAGGUAACAAGAAGAACGAUGGUGUGAAGAAAAGAAAGUCCAGUUCCAGCGUUCAGUUAAUGGAAUCUUCAGAGAGCACCAACACCACCAUCGAGGACGAAGACACCAAAGUGCGGAAACAGGAAAUUAUAAAAGUGACAGAGCAGCUGAUUGAAGCCAUAAGCAAUGGAGAUUUUGAGUCCUACACGAAGAUGUGCGACCCUGGGAUGACAGCCUUCGAGCCCGAGGCCCUGGGGAACCUGGUCGAGGGCCUGGACUUCCAUCGAUUCUAUUUUGAAAACCUGUGGUCCCGGAACAGCAAGCCCGUGCACACCACCAUCCUGAACCCCCACAUCCACCUGAUGGGCGACGAGUCGGCCUGCAUCGCUUAUAUCCGCAUCACGCAGUACCUGGACGCCGGCGGCAUCCCCCGCACUGCCCAGUCAGAGGAGACCCGCGUCUGGCACCGCCGGGAUGGCAAAUGGCAGAUCGUCCACUUCCACAGAUCCGGGGCCCCCUCCGUCCUGCCCCAUUGAAGGACCAGGCCGGGGUCGCUGGGCUGCUGUGUCACAGGGACCCACUCUCUGUACGUGGAAUGUGCUGCUGGUUCUCCCACUGGAUUGUGCUGGAAUUCUCUCUACCCCGUCAUCCCGACACUGCCGCUGUCGCCUCUGCACCUGCAUCAAGGAAACCUGCCUGCUCACAAAAGCCAUCCCAACUUCACAGCCAGCAGCCCGGCCUCCCUACUCACCUCUCACCGCUCUCUCCCUGUGGGGGAGGGAACUUUCAGGCUUGGGUGCCCAGGGUGCUGGCCCGGGGACUCCCAAUCUCCACCCAGCUGUUGUGGGCCUGGUGGGGCCUUGGCAUAAGGCUAGACCACCCCAGCUGUGGGUUUGCCAGGGGUAGGAGAAGGAGGGCUGCAUGGCACAGAUGGCCCACCCUCUCCUGGAUCUCACCUUUUCUGGGGGUCCCUGGGAGAGGGCCAAUGAAUCCCCCCAGAACCCUCCCAAGCUAACCUCCCUGUGGGAGAGGAUGAGAGAGGGCAGAUGCCAGGAGCCUCUUGCCUUGAACCGUUGCCCUGAUUCUCCCCGCUCCCGCUCAGGCCUUGUGGUGGUCUGCUGAGCCUCCCUGCCCACUGCCCGCUGCCCACUGCCCGCUGCCCGCUGCAGUGUGAGGAGCUCGACACCCUGGGUUUUCCCGGCUGCAGCCCCCACUCACCCACCUUCCCAUGCGUCAUCCCUGGAGAGUCCCAGCCUCAUCCAGUCCGAGAAGGAAUCUGAUCGUGUUUCAGGGGUGAAAGAAAGCAACAUUUAGGUAUCUCUUCUACUUGGACCGCAUGCCUUUUUAUAGCCAAACUUCUGUGUAUUUCGUAAAUGGGUUCACGUUAAUGGAUAUUUAUGUAAUUACCAGACCUCUCAAACUAUUGCCAGGAGGGUUGGGUUGGGAAGAGAGAUCAAAAGAGGAACGAGGGGUAGUUUUUACUCUGUUCUACAUUUUUUUUUUUUGUCAUUUCUGAGGUGGACCUCAUCAUGCCAGUGGUUAGCUGGGGCCCCAGGAAGCAUGGCCUCUCUGCUGUUUUAGUCCCAAGGUGAGCUGACGCAGGGCAUCCUUCUAGGACUAAGGUGGUGGUGUGACUUAGAAGCGGCAAGGCAGGUGAGGAAGAGAGGUGGUCAGGACGGAGACGUCUGGGCUUUGCUUUGCCUCUCUCUCCAACUGGGGUCCUGCUACUGCACUUCCCAGGGUUCAUUCCUCGAUGUCUGUGUCACCCUCAGUGCCCCCCACCCACCUCUGGGGUGGCCCACGAGCAUGUGUCUCCAUUACCUCUCUCCCCUUUGGUAUCCGAUGGCCAAAGCGAGCGCUGGGAGUUUCUCCUCUUCACACCUCACCCUGAGCCUCAGGUCCGCAGCCUCUCUCUCCAUCGCUCUCUUGUCCUCUGCCCCUGGGGUUGGCCCUGAUAUGGAAUGCCUUGGCCCAUCCGCAAGGAUCUCCUGUCUGCACUGUUCUCUUUGCAUGACUUUAUAUGCAGUAAGUAUGUUGAAAAACAAGAAAAGAUGAAAAACACUCAACAAAUCAAUCUACAUGUUUUGGACAAAAAAAAUUAGUAAUAAUAGAGGUUAUAUUCUCAGUGUCCGACUUGGAAUUAUGUCGCUGCCUCUUUGUGCUUUUGGCCUCUGUGUGGCCGUGUUUUGCCAGCAUGAGAUACUGUCCCCUCUGGAGGAUUUUAGGGGAGAAAGAACCACAUCCCCAGGGUUUGGAGGAAGCUCUGUUUCCCCUGACCCUCCUGGGUACUGUUGGAGCAGAACUGGUGGGAAUGUUUAAUCCAGAACUUUCUGAGUUUCCCCCACCAUGAGCUAUUCCUUGGGCUCUUUUCUCAAGUCCUGCUGCCCAGGGACAGGUGAGACCGGCCAGGCUGCAGGCCUCUGGUUUCUAAGCUGGCCCAUCACUGGCCCUCUGUCCUCGGCAGAGACCCUCCUUCCCAGGCCCGAGGGUGGGCUCUCGGCCUAACCCUGGCCCAGAGGGCUCCUCAGUGAGGCUGUGAUCCCAUUAUUCCAGCAGAAAAGCCACCUGUCCCUCUAUGACCUGCCAGUUCCCCAUGGCUAUCCCCAGCCAAAGGUGAGGGUACCGCCUUCACCGGGGGAUGCUAUAAUUCCCCAGCAAGGUCUGGUCUCUUCUUCAGCCUCAGUUUCCCCAUCAGUUAAGGAUGGGUUAAGUGUUCCUGCCUAGGCUGAUGGAGGAUCAAAUGGAUGGUGACAGGAAAGCCGGUACACCUGGAGAAUUUACAGGGUUUGUCAUUGGCUGGCCGCCGGCUUGCCUGUGGGCUUGGCCAGUCACUACCCUCACCCCUGCAGGCCCCUCCUUCCCCUCUCUGGUGCCUGUCUGCUGCUCAUCAGCCGCGGACUGCAGGGGAAAGAGAAGUGGUCGCAGGGUUCAUAGGCUUCAGUUCCCAUCUCUGACUAGACUUGCUGUGUGACCCUGGGCGAGUCCUUCCCCUCUCUGGACCUUGGUUUCUUCAUCAGAGGAAACUGAGCUGAAGGACCCCAGCGUACCUUCACCGGCCGACGCACCUCUUGUCCACUGUGUGCCUCUCCGUGUGCUAGAGAAUUGGAGGCAGGUCCCUAGCCCAGGCUAAGGUGGCCCCCACUGCCAAGGCCACUCCUGUGGGUAGGCAACCAGGUGGUGUGGACCCCAGGGCACCAUGGUGACUUUUAGGCGACAGGCAGAGGAAACUGGCAGACAAAGCUGCCCAGAGCCCGCUCACCAGACAAGCUCUGUGCUCCUUGAAAACACCCUUUAGAUGCAAAAAA